AAAACAAUAACAUAACCUAUACAAACUGCUCUGUCACUAUUCAUUUUCAUAAUAUUUCCAUUUUGUAAAUCUAUAGUGUCAUUGCUGAAAUAUUACAAUCUCAUCAUCGAAUAUGGCAGAAAAUCCUUUUGGAUGGGAUUUACUCUUUAGUGGUAUAAAAAACGACAUAAGAAAUAACCAAGAUCUCUUGAUUGGGCUGGUCCACUAUACCCUCGUCUCGAAUGGCUUUAAUUGUAUUGGUUUGGGGGAAUCUAAGCACCUCACUGGCGAUGAACCCAAAAGUGAAACUCUUCCAGAAGGUUGGACCGAUCAUUAUACUAUACGAUACACCUAUCAAGGUGUCCUAUAUAAUUUGAAAGGUACCAACUUGGAUGACGCUAUAAUGGUAAAUCUGAUAAGAGUUGAUGAACGAAAUGUAUCUUUUGUACAACUGAACACAAGGUCAGUGGUAAAACGUUCAGGACCUUUAAAUGAGAUGAUUCCAGAAUAUACUGCUAUGAUCGAUGUUAUUAAAAAGCAACUUAUAGAUAAAGUCAUUGUAUCGAAAAAGAAUCGUGAGAGUUCAACUCAAACACAACCUUCAACUACGCCUCAUAGGUGGCAACAAAGCCUCACAUCUAACUCUCCAAGUAAUUCGAAUAAUGCUUUGUAUGAGAAUAGGGAUUAUAGGGAAUCCUUUGGGCAUUUCAUGGAUCCUGUAGGAAGGAAUGAUUUAGAUCCUUUUGGUGUAGGUGUAGAUCCUUUGAGAAUAGGGCGUCCCAAUCGGCCAAGUGGAGGUGGAGGAAUGCUUUUUACACCUCCUGGAGCGUUUGGACCAACUCAUCCUUUACCUCCGGGCUUACCACCUGGUGCCGUACCCCCAGGUGCUAGAUUUGAUCCAUUCAGGCCUCCGGAGACUGAUCGCUGGAGUGGUAGAAGGAAUCGCCGUCCAGAUAACGAUGAAUUUAUGCCUCCAGGAUAUGAUGAUAUGUUUAUGUGAAGCAUUAUUCGUUUUAUUGUGAAAUAAUCAUUACACAUCAAGUAAUGCUUUUAUUCAUUUCCAUUACUUGUGGCCUAACAUUAUUGUCUCCUUAAUUAUGUACCUUUAGUUUUGAAAAUGCCUGUGUCCUAGGGUUGAUGAAAUGUUAAGUUUAAAAUUGAAACAUAUUUGAUAACUGGUGCAAGUAAAAAAUAUGGAGGUUUCAUUUCAACAGUUUAAUAAUCCAUUAUAGAGAGAUUAAGAAAAUUGAGGCUGUAUUUGAUAGGAUUGAACGAUAUUUCAAUAAAUAUUUUGUUUUAAA